UUAAAACACUGUUGUGUAUCAAUCUGUUCAUGCUUGGUCUCUGAUGGAAGGGAGAAGAAGUCUUUUAGCAAAUGGAUAAAAACUUUUGAAACAUUUAAUGUUCUAAUUUAUUCUGUUUUCACUAAGGUGUUCAACAUGAUGUCCAGGCAAAGCAGGUGGCCUCAGACCCUGGCAAACAAUAAGAUCAAUAAGCCGGUGCAGAAGAAAGGGGGGAAGGAAGUAGCCACAUUAUCAGUGCCUGUGUCUGGUGAUGGCAAACAGACUGGAAACAGUGCAAGUAAAAGCAGUGCUGGUUCAGGACGAAGCAACAGUGUCAGCAGCAGAGGUGGCGACUCCACGACUGGUAGUAAAGUUGGUAGCAGUUUGAAAAGAAGCAGCACCAGUCAGCAAAGCAGCACUGGCCACCAGAGCACCAGACCAGCAUCUCGCUCUUCCAGACCAGCUAUCCGCCUCAGCAGCAGCCGGAGCUUUUCAUCCCUCCAUACCUCCUCUUUCACAGCUGCACCGUUCAUGAGAACUAGCCGCUCUCUCAACAGACUCGACCAAAGAGAUGAAACAAAAUCACAAGAAAAAAAGGGACAAUCCACAAUAAACAAAAGCCAGGAUUCUGUCAAGUUAUCCUCAUCUCUGGAAUCACUCAGGGAUAACAAAGACCAGUGUCAUGGCGAUAACACUGAGGAGAUGAAAACAAGUACAGCUAGUCCGACUCCAGAGUCUACCUCCUCUGUGAUUUCUACUGCAUGUCAUCAUCACUGCAACAAAGUAAAGAAACAGGAAUUAAAACGGUCAGCUCUCCCUCAAUACCACUGGCUAAAAUGCCUCGAGAGGAGUGAUACCGCUACUUCUAACUUUAAGAAAGGAUGGAUGAUGCAGCAGGAUCCGAAUGGACAGUGGCAGAAACACUGGUUCGUCCUCAACAACCAAAUCCUGAGGUUCUACAAAGAUUCAGUAGCUGAUGAGGCAGCUGAUAUGGACGGUGAGAUAAACUUGUCCACAUGUUUUGACAUCAGGGACUACCCAGGUCAGAAGAACUGUGGUUUUCAAAUUCAUACCAGGGAUGGAGUGUACACACUCUGUGCUAUGACCUCUGGGAUGAGACGUAACUGGGUCCAGGCCGUGUUGAAGAAUGUGAGGCCCACUGAUACACUUGCCAUCACAAGCUCCCCUUCACAGCAACACACUCAGCAGCAAUCAGCUUCACCAUUAGAUGUUCUGGGGAAAGCAGAAGAAUCAAACAACACCUCGGAGGAACACUGCAAAGAUGGACAACAUGAGAUCACAAACUUUGUAGAAAACAUGAGUGAACAACAAGAAGAACAACAGCCCACACCACAGCCAGAGACAGAGCACACCUCUGCUCUGGAAAGCUUUUCUUCAUCGUUGCCCACUUGUGUUUCACCCUCUGCUUCCUCUGCAUCAUCUCAUGUCAGUCUCAAACAGCGAGUGGAGGAGGGUGAAGACGCUUUGUGUCAACAGUGUCCGCAUGUUGGAACCACAGAGAUUGUAACUUCAACAUCAGAUCGAUCAGUCAAUGAAUGUCUUGAUGAACAUUCAGACACACAGAUUAAAACUGAGCAGACUUGGCAGCAAGAUGACAACACACACCACAAGGAGGAGCAGCAGGUAUUGAUAAACAGUGGCUGUGAGUGCAUUAAAGAAGAGAAACUACUCUGUGGGGAGCAAACUGGACAGCUUGUCAAAGAGCUGGAAAAAACUCAGAAGGAACUAUGUCGACUGCAGCAGUUAAAUAGGAAUCUACAGGAUGAGCUACAACAAGAGAGAGAGAUGCAUUUGAAGGUGAGGCAGAGUAAUCUUCAUUCCACAAACUCCACAUUGUCUUCAGACCAAACACUGGCUUUACAACAACUGCAGAAAGUGAACCAUGAACUCCGCUAUGAGCUGGAGGCACAAAAAAGGAUUCAGGAGGAAGCAAAGGAAGCUGAACUACGGCGAAGAGUAGAUCUCUUGGCUCAGCAAGCACAGUUGCUAGUCACAGGUGAUGCAACAGCACUUGCGCAAGCCCAUUUAGAGCAGGAUCGCCGGCGGUUUCAGGAGCAGCAGAUGGAGUGGGAGCACUGUGUGGCCUCCCUGAAGUCCCAGCUGAGCAUCAGUGAGGAGCUGAGGACAGAGGCUGAGUCCCGUUUGACGCAGCUGCGGCAGGAAGUACAGGGUUACUGCAACCUACAACAGGAGGCAGAUAAACUAAGAGAAAAUUUCCAAGAAGUAUCAACUCAACUUCGUGCCUAUGAGGAUACACAGGUUCAAAAGGAAGCUCGUCUGCAGAAACACCUCAUGCUCCUUCAAGCAAGUCAAGAGAGAGAACGGAGAAGCCUGGUUACCAGCCUGGAACAGGCAGAGCAGAACUCGCAUAACCUUCAGGAGCAACUGAAUAGGGCUGUGCAGCAGGUGGAGAGCCUGACCAAGAGUCAGACCUGGACCCAGGACAUUGAGGAGGCUCAACAACAGCUUCAAGAGGAGCUUGCACACACUGUAUCUGCUGUACAGAGGCUCCAAGAGGAAAGAGACCAGUUCGAACAUCGUUGUCAAGAACUGCAGACCCAGUUGUCAGAAACAGAUGGAGAGAUGAGCAGAUUGCAAAACCGCUUGAAAACUGAAGAGACACACUACUACAAUCUAGAACAUUCAUAUGAAGGGGUUUGUGAGGAACUGCAGGUGGCUUUAGGGAAGGUGCAGCAAAGGGAGACAGAAACACAAGAUAUGCGAGAAGGUUAUGAGAGGCUCCUCGACAGGAAGGAGCAAGAACUGAGUGAAGCUCUGUUAAAGAUGGAAGUCUUGGGUAACAGUCUGGAGGAGACAGAAAUGAAAUUGAAUGAAAUGAUGAAAGUUAGCUCAGGUGCCACUGAUCCUAAGAAAAAACAGCAGAUAACUGAGACCUCAGAUGCUGUAGAUGUUCAAAACAUAGAUCAUUAUUAUGCAGAGCAGGCAAGAACCCGGUCUCGCUCAAUUGACUCAUCACACCAGUACCUUGUCACUGCUGGAGAUGAUCCAGAAAAAUUCAUGUCUGUGAUCCAGUUACUUGAAACCAAGCUUUAUGUUACAGAGGAGAAGCUCAGGGACAUCACACAAACACUGGAGGAACAUCAGAGUCAUAUCAGUUGUCAGGACCCACAUCUUUGUUCCCAGCUCACUCAGAGUCGGGCCACUGCUCAGCACCUCAGCCUGCUGCUUCACAGUCAAGCCAAGCAUAGCCAACGCUUUGCCCAGGAGACAGAGAACCGCUGCAGGAUGUUGGUUGGUAGGUUUCAGGUCUCACUGAACAUCGUACAAGCCUGCAGGGAAAGGCUUCAGUCCAACAAUCUGAUUGACAUCACAGAUUUUGAGAAGCAGCUAGCCACUGUGGCAGCCUGCCUUCAGCAAGGAGAAAAGGAUGCAGAAAAACAAAAGCAGGAGUCACAUGAUGCCAUCAAGGUGGGGGAGAGGAUUCUUAAUGACUGGUCAAAAGUUGAGACCAAUAUUCAAAGUAAACCCAUUGCAUCAGAGGAUGACUCAGAGAGUGUUGGCAAAUGUUUACUGAAAGAACUAUUUGUUCUAGACAAAAUGGCAUCUGCCCUUAAGAGUCAAGAGGUCAUUGGUAAGCUUCCCAUGGUGCUACGAGAAGAUGAUGGUGAUGUUGCACAUAGGUACAAAAGCAUAAUCUCCCAAAUAAUAGUUUUAAAAGUACAAUCAGGUAGAAGAGAAUGUGACAACUCUGAAUCUUUGGAAAGUGUCCUGGCCAGAGUCUGCACAGAAGCAGAGCUGAUUUACUCUACUUUAAAAUUUCAGCAACAGUAUGAGGACCUGAGUCUGGCAGAUAUCAAUCCCCCAGAGCUGGCACUUUAUGAGGAGCAAGUAGAUGGAGCUGCAAAACCACACAACCAGGUUGAAGCAGAUGGCAAAAAAGUAGAGUCAGAGGAAGAACCGGCCUUGUUAGAGAAACUUAUAUCCAGACUGCAGAGAAGGGCUAAAUUCUUACGCCAACUCAGCCAAGAACUCUCUGAUGACAAUGCACCGGUCAGAGACUGUAGUCUGGAGGAUAACUGGGAAAAUGAUCCUGCAGCAGACUUGAAUUGGAUGCAUGAGCAGGCAAAGAUGAUUUAUUUGUCACACAGGUUGUUCUUAGAUUUAGAGCAAGCGCUGAAGCAAAGUGAGGAAAAACUGCAAGCCAUGUGCAAAGAGCAGGAUAUCACAUUAAUGGGUGAGCAAGAGGCUUUUAAUAAAACAUUAUGUAGGCUUCAGGAGGACAACAGUCUACUGAGAGAAGAACUAGAGCGUGCUGAGCAGAAGAUAAUAUCUGUAGACACUGGGAACCAGAAGCUCCUAGAAGACAUGCAUAAAAUUGAGGGUUAUCAUGAGCAACGAGUUCAAAAACUGGAGGAAGAGUUUCAGGAGAAGAUAAGGGAACUGCAGCAGAUCCAUGAGGAGGAGAUGAAACAUUUGCACGGAUAUUACAGCAAGUCUUGUGUUUCCAAAGAGAAACAGAACAAAACCUCCACAGAAGUACAUCCUUUUACCGAAAAUACCUCUACAACACCAGGCCAAACUGGGAUGGAGCGUGGGGACCGGAUGCUGGGGGGGAGUGCAGACUUUUACCAAGAAGAGCUGGAAAAAUCUGAGAGGUUUACUGUAAUGGAGAAGAUGCACCAGAAGUUGAUAUGUGAUUUACAGCGACAGCAUCAGAAAGAAGUGGCAAAACUUCUGACAGAGAAAGACCAACUGCUGAAGGAAGAGACAGCUGCAACCAUGUCAGCCAUGGUAGCAAUGAGAAGGGCCCAUAAGGAGGAGCUGGCGAAAAGUAGACGGUCUCAGCACAUCAGGGAUAGUGCUGAUAUCACUCAACUGCACAUGGAAUAUGAGAAGGACAUCCAGUUAUUGCACAAGGAGCUUGAGCUUUUGUCCAUACAGCACACUCAGAAAUGCCUGGAAAACUCUCAGCUGAACCAAGAGCUGCAAGAUGAAAGAAAAUCUUUGAUGCAGUACCAAAAAGAAAACCAGGAUCUCAAAAAGAAACAGAGGGAAGCAGAUGAAAUAGCUUACCUUCAGUCCUCUGUAAAUGGGACACAGUCUCAGGUGGCUUCACAGUCAAAUGACUUUUAUGAAAUGGAGGUGAUUCUACGGGCGAGGGAAGCAGAGAUGCAGUUUCUCAGACAGGAAGCUGCUUCUCUCAGGGAUGAACUCAAGCUUGCUCGGAUGGACAAGAUAUACGCCCAAAACAAGCUCAAGGCCUUCUGCGCAGGUGGCCCAGAUGGACUCCAUCAUGAUGCCAACAAUCUCUAUGAGGAUGUAAAGUUUGCCACUUGGUCACCUGGUAGAGACGAGUCAAGACGGAACCAAGAGGAUGCCGCUGCAAUCAAAAACGAUGCUGCUUUUUUGAAGAAAUCAGACAAAAAAUCACUAUAUCGUCACUUCAGAGGAAUGAGAUCUAAGAGUUUAAAAGAAGGUCUUUCUGUCCAGGAACGAAUGAAGUUGUUUGAGUCAUUUUGAUCCAGAGAAGAUGAGAUGAUGGA